CAGGAACUGAGACAGGGGCUGUGACUGCAGAGGCUGUGAUUGCACACACAGGAGGUAAGGAGUGACCUAAAGCCACCAAGUCCGGCUCCAGCCUGCGUUCUUCACGCUCCACACUGCGGGGAUGCCAGCCAGCGGGAAGGACUAGAGGGGCUGGGGCGGGCCCUGGCUUCUUCCAAGAGGAGACACAUCUCCACCCCUGGCAAGGCUGAACCCAGAGGAUGCAGGCAGUGACCCUGGAGGAGGGCCUGAACCCAGCUGAGGACGGGACAGCGACCACCGGUGAGGCUCUGCAGCCUCUGACCCUGCCCAGCCCCAGCCAUCGGUGACCCUGGCUGGCAUAGACGGAGGGCUGGCAUAGACAGAGGUCUGCACAGCAGCUUCUCCUCUUCUCUCCUCUCCUCCUCUAUCCCGCCACCCCUCCCCGAAUCACAAAGCCAGACCCCAGUCCUGACUAUUGCUCAACCCCCAGGAGCCAGUUCCUGUGGGCAGCGCCUGACUGCCCGACCCUCUCCUUUCUGCAGUUCAAGGGAAAGACGGGAUCUUGCACAAGGCACUCUGCGUCCGCCUCUGCCAGGGCAGGCUGCCAUGGGGCCCCUCCGGCUGCUCUUCCUGCUCUCCAUCACAGAGCUGUCCCGAGGCCUCAACGCCACGGUGUUCCGGGGCCUGGCCGGCCAGUCCCUGCGGGUGUCCUGCCCCUACAACUCCCGGGAGCACUGGGCGCGACGCAAGGCCUGGUGCCGCCAGCUGGGUGCAGAGGGCCCGUGCCAGCGGGUGGUCAGCACCCACAGCUCGUGGCUGCUGUCCUUCGUGAAGAUGUGGAACGGGAGCACGGCCGUCUCGGACGACGCCCUGGGCGGCAGGCUCACCGUCACGCUGCGCAACCUCCAGGCCCACGACGCCGGCCUCUACCAGUGCCAGAGCCUCCAUGGGAGCGAGGCCGACACCCUCGGGGAGGUCCUGGUGGAGGUGCUGGCCGACCCCCUCGAUGGCCAGGACCCCGGUGGGCUCUGGACCCCCGAGCAGUCCCAGGGCUUUGAGGAUGCCCAGGUGGAGCACAGCGUCUCCAGGAGCCUCCAGGAAGAGGAGAUCCCCUUCCCACCCACCUCCAUCCUGUUCCUCCUGGCCUGCAUCUUUCUCAGCAAGCUGCUAGCCGCCAGCGCCCUCUGGGCUGCGGCCUGGCAUGGGAGGAAACAGGGGACACCCCCGGCCAGUGGGCCUGACUGUGGCCAAGACCCAGGUGACCAGCUCCAGACUCUGACAGGGCUGAGGGACACCUGAGAGGAGAGGACCCCAAGUGGACGAGACGCCUGCGGAGGUCUGCAGGGAACAGCCAGCCUGUGCACUCACCCCUCGACUACCAAGACUCCUGGUUCUGCUUUGGCAAAAUACCAUUUUGCCUGCACUUUGCCUCCCCGGGCCCCAAGGCUGAGUCUCUGUGUGUGUGUGUGUGUGUGUGUGUGUGUGUGUGUGUGUGUCAUGGACAGCAAACAUUCUCACAAAUAAAGCUGAGACUUCACGUUUAACUGG